GUUACAUUGGGGCGGAGGGAUUUCUAAGCGGUAAGAGAAGAAAGUCGAGAACUUGAAAAAUGGCAUCGGUAAAAAGUUCGAAUGUUUCCGUCGAACCUUUCGAUGGACGUGGCGAUUUUACUCUGUGGAAACAACGAGUAAAAAGUGUUCUUACUCGGGAAGGGACAAUCAAAGCUCUGAAGGUGAAGGUUCAGAGGACAGAAAAAAUGACGGAUGCUGAGUGGGCCAAACACCGGAAGAACGACAAACCGGAAAAAUUGUCGGAAGAAGAGUGGGAGGAUUUGAAGGACAUGGCAAUAUGCCUAUGCCUUGCAAAUAAUACUCUUCGGGAGCUCGGUUUGACGGACCCAGUGGAUAUUUGGGACAAGCUGGAGAGCCGGUACAAGUCGAAAUCGUUGACAAGUAGGCUAUACUUGAAGAAACGAUUAUUUGGUCUCCAAAUGGCGGAGGAAGCUAACUUUAAUGGGCACUUGGAUGAAUUCAACAAGAUUACAACAGAGUUGGAAUCCAUUGAUGUGAAGAUUGAAGAGGAGGACAAGGCGCUGCUUUUGUUGGCUUCAUUGCCUUCAUCUUUUGACAACAUCGUGACCACGCUNUUGCAAAUAAUACUCUUCGGGAGGCUAUACUUGAAGAAACGAUUAUUUGGUCUCCAAAUGGCGGAGGAAGCUAACUUUAAUGGGCACUUGGAUGAAUUCAACAAGAUUACAACAGAGUUGGAAUCCAUUGAUGUGAAGAUUGAAGAGGAGGACAAGGCGCUGCUUUUGUUGGCUUCAUUGCCUUCAUCUUUUGACAACAUCGUGACCACACUUUUGUUUGGAAAAGAGACCUUAAAAUUUGAUGAAGUAGUUGCUGCGUUGUUGAUGAACGAGACUCGGCGGGGUGGCAACGGGGUAUCAAAUGACGGUCAAGCUUUGGUAGCAAAAGGAGCUGGUCGGGAACGAGGACGGUCUAAAGAGAGGGGCGGCGCGUCCCAACGCUUCCAAUCGAGUAGUAAAAGCUUUCGGUGUUACUACUGCGAUGAAGAGGGUCAUUUCAAAAGGGAUUGUCCAAAGAGGAGGAAGGAAAAGAAGGACGGGAAAACACCCGUGACUACGGUUGCAGAAAGUUCGAACCAAGAAAGUGAAGAAGACUUAUUUUUGGCAACCGCAAAGAGCCUAGGUAAAUCAGAUUGGAUAUUAGAUUCGGGUUGUUCGUUUCACAUGUGUUCAGUUAAGGAAAAGUUUGAUACCUAUCAAACUUGUGAUGGGGGUGCUUUGAAGAUGGCAAAUGGUGCACGGAGAAAAAUUGCAGGGGUCGGAACAGUGCAAGUUCGCAUGUUUGAUGGCGUGGUGAGAACAUUAACUGGAGUGAAACAUGUACCGGGUCUAAAAGGAAAUGUGAUUUCAUUGGGGGCUUUAGACUCAGAAGGCUACCGAAUUUUUGCUAAAGGUGGAGUUUUAAAAAUUUCUAGGGGAGCAAUGGUGGUAGCAAAAGGAGUUUUGUCAAAGGGCUUGUAUAAACUUGUAGGAAAAGAUUUGACACGGAAGUUGUCAAAAGGAAAAAUUACAAGUGCAACGAGCGGAGCAUUUGCAUGGAAGAAGCGGGUGACGUUUAAAGUUUCUCCCGCUGGUGGAAGCUGUGACCUCGCCGGAACGAGCUAGGUGGAGCUGGACCAAGUUUUAUUAUUUAAUCAAGGUGGAGUUUGUUG